ACAUUGGACCCUAGUGUUCCACUUGAUGAUUUGUUGGGCCCAGCUGAGAAGUUUGAUAUCCUGAAUGGUGCUACUUACCAAGGCAAAACAGGAAGAGGUCAAGCUUGUGAAAACCCCAAAACACCAAAAGAAUCAGUUGGUCAUGUUAAUGUUAAUCAGGUCUACACUGAGGAGAAUAUUAGAGUGGUUCAGGAUAUCAGGAAAAAGAAGGAUUAUUAUGCAGUUCUUGGAGUAGAGAGGAGAUGCUCUGUGGAGGAAAUUAGGAAGGCCUACAGGAGAUUAUCAUUGAAGGUUCAUCCUGACAAGAAUAAGGCUCCUGGGGCAGAGGAUGCUUCCAAGUCGGUAAGCAAAGUGUUCAAGUGCCUAAGCAAUGAUCAGUCGCGGAAGACCUAUGAUCAGAUAGGAACCAUUGAGGACCAUGAGUUUAAUGAGCAAUAUCCCAAUGCCAUGAGGCGGGGAAUGGCCAGGCGGAGGACGCAAGCAAGAAGUGGCUUCUAUAACUAUGAAGAAGAUUUUGAUCCAGAUGAGAUAUUCAGGUCCUUCUUUUAUGGCACCCAUGAUAAUUUGUUUCGCGCCCAGAAUACCUACAGAGCAAGGGGAACAGUUAGGCAACAGCAACAGAGAAGGGAGCAUACAGUGCAGGGUGGUUCUGGCAUAAACCUAACAGUGUUAGUGCACCUUGCAGUGGUAUUGAUUAUUGUUUCACUUGCAUUCAUUCCGGUGCAGCGGCCUGAGUAUUCCCUGCAGAAGACAUAUUACCUCCCUAUAUCAAAGGUCACUCAAAAGCAUGGGGUGGAGUACUUUGUUAGCAAACAAGAUUUUGAUCAGAAGUUUCCACAGGGGAGUCAAUCUAGAGAGAUUCUUGAGCAGUAUGUUUUUAAGGACUAUAAGAGUCUGCUUGGAAGAUAUUGCCAUGUGGAACGUCAACGGCAUCAAUAAGCUAAGGAUUACCCUACCCCAAACUGUGACAAGCUAAGGAACCUAUCUGUAGCAUAAAUUGUGCGUAUGUAAUUAGUUUGGUCUCUCAUUUUCAUCCUUGGAAGAAUAUCACUCGUCUUCACAGGUAAUAUUCAUGUUUUUUUCCUGAACACAAUUCAAAUAAGGUGGUUGUUGUGUGUCUCAUUUGUAAAUCCAAGUAAAUAUUUCAGAGUCUUCUCAUAGCCUCAAAGUAUACCCAGGACUGGUACAGAAGAUAAGCUACCUGUUGGUUUUAUUAUGAUGUUUCAACUCUUAGGGAAAGAGUAGUACAAUUGUACAAAUAGUGUUUGAGUAGAGCUCACGCUGGUUGCUUUGACUGCCUGGAUUCUAGGAAGCAUAACCCUGAUGUAGACUAGGUGGAAGUUUUAAAACCUGAGCAGUUCAUUUGAUCUAAUAGUUAUUCUAUAUCCUUACACAACUUGUAUGUGUGAUUGUCAUUUCACGGAGAAGUUGAUUGAUCUGUUCAGUUGAUAUGGCAAGUAACUUUACU